GGCCAGCGUCCUUAACCACCUUGCCACCUGCCGGUCCCUAGCUUUAAUUAAAUCUAACGUUCACUGCGAUGUUUGUUCCUGCUUUCUCACUACCUGCAUCUUCUCUGUGGGAAUAGAACCAUGCCCACAAUUCAUGACUCCUGCCUGGUGUCAGGGUUUAAGAGCUCUAUUUUCCCCUUAGGACAUCUGCCAUUAAACAAGGUAAACUGAUUGUUUCCCCAAAUGAAAAUGAACACAGUGGUGUUUUUCUGCCUUUCUCCUAAUCUCAGUAGAUACCUCCAUCACCUGCACCCCGCGUUCUCCCUAGCACCUCUCGGGUGCCAGAUUCUUUUCUGCGUGCAGGCUCCCCAGCCUGCCGGCUCCUGCCUUGGUACCCCACUGUAUGGAGCACCGUGGAGCAGGAGAGAUACUUGUUGAACUCAGUCACAAGCGUCAUUUCUCCGACAGGCUUGAGAGGUGGGGCGGAGGGAGGACAGAAAGAGGACGGGAAGAGGGGACUCGGCUUCUAAGGCUGCGGUUAGGGUGGGAGGGCGCUGGCAGUAUUCACACCUCAGGGCCCCUGGGCCAUUCUCUCAGUCUCUGCCCUCCCUGAGCACGGUGUUUCUGGCUGCUGCUCACUCAUCAUCAGUCUGUCUGCAGGGUGACAACACCUUCUCCUCUGGUGUCUUGACCUGCCCAUGCCAGCUCAGUGGCAUCCCGGGCGCUGGGAGCUGAUGCUCAGGAGCGGCACUGUGCAGCCUCCACACCCAGAAGACCAACAAACGCCGGGGUGGUUGGAAUGUCCCCGAAUUCGAGUGUUGGACUUUGGUCAUUUUGUGAUGUAUACGAGGAAACUUAACGCCUUCAUGGUGUUGAAGGGUAGGGCCUCUACAAGAGAUCGGGUCAUCAGUGCAGGGCCCCAUGAUUGACUCCUGGUGGGUUUAUAGGGAGUGGGAAGGGGACAGAUUCCUGGACACAUGCUCCAUGCCCAUGCGAGCCCCCAGCAGAUGUGGCCCGUGGCCCUGGGCCUCCAGACCACGAGCUGAAAGAAACUCUCUUCUCCUAAAUUACCUAGGCUCGGCUAUUUUCUGUCGCUAGAAACUGAGCAGGCUAGAACGGAUACCUUAAGGAACCUGAUAAACAGGCACAAAUCGAUAAGACAGACAAAAAGGCCCAGGCGGACAGAGAGCAAACAGGCUAGUGUUACUUGGCGCUGCGAGAGGAGGUAAACCGAAACAACAAACGGACCUCAGCUCGCCACGCCCUCUCAGAAACGAGACCAAGCCAGCCCCACAGCCGCCUCGGCUCUUUUCACCUGCCUUUUCAUUGUCCCCGGGCGUGUGACGCCACUGCCUGCCGGUGGGGGCGCUCCAGUUCCGAGCCUCCUCCUGUGACCUCAUUCUCCACCCGGGUCGCGUCACCACUCUGUGACGUCAGCAGUGGGAGAUCUCGUUGCGGGUACCGGGUCGGAGGCCCCAGGAGUGCAGUUCCUUUAAGAAUCAGCCCUCUGCAGAUCACCUUGGUCCAGCUGGAGGACCUCCCCUGGCUCCCCGACCCCAGUUGACGACCACCAACCCACCGAGUGGCCUCAAGGCCUGGUGUCCAGGGUGCCUCUGCAGCCCGCCUGGUCCCUCUGCACCGGCCAUGGACGGCAGAGUCCCUUCAGCCUUGGAGCUGCCCCAGCGGCUGGCGCCGGUCCCCAGCGAGGACGCGAGGGGCCCAGGCGGGAGAAAGCAGCACCUGCUGGGCAGCGCGGCUGCGGCCCAGACCCUGGCCAGCGUCGUCCGGCCUUGCUACGGCCCCCACGGCCGGCAGAAGCUUCUGGUGACGGCCCAAGCCCUGGCCGCGCUGCCCGCCCUGGCCAUCCGGGCGCUGGGGCCGCUGGAGGACCCGUCCUGGGCCCUCUACUCGGCGAUCAACACCCACAUCCUGUCCCACGCCGACCACCUGGCCAAGAUGGUGGCCCACGCGUGCUGGGCGGCCAAGGACCUGGACGGCAGCUUCAAGCCCGAGCGAGUCGGGGUGUGCACGCUGCUGGGAGGGACGCUGGCGGACUCCUGCCUGCUCCCCGGCUUGGCCACGUCGGGGAGACUCUGCGGGCCGUUGAGGAAAGGAAGCGAGAAGCUGAUAGACAGCCAAGUGGCCCAGCUGGCGGCUGCGGGCAUCAACGUGGCGGUGGUGUGGGGGGAGGUGGACGAGGGGACCCUCGCGCUGGCCGACAAGCACCGCAUCGUGGUGGUCCAGGUCAAGACUCGGAGGGAAAUCGUCUACCUGAGUGAGGUGCUGGGCACACCGGUGCUGCCCCACCUGCUGCCUCCCCGGAAGCCCGGGCGGUGCCAGAGGGUGUACUCGGGGGAGCUGGGGGGCGGGCUGGCCGUGGUGUUCGAGUGGGCGGGCCCCCACACACCUGUGCUCACCUUGGUCCUCAGGGGGCCCACCACAGACGGGCUGCGCCAAGCCGAGCAGGCGGCCUACCACGGCAUCGACGCCUACGACCAGCUGUGCCAGGACCCCAGGGUGCUCCCAGGGGCGGGGGCCGUGGAGAUGGCUCUGGCCCGAGUGCUCUCAGAUAAGGGCGGCGGGCUGGAAGCGCCCAACGGCCCCGCGUUCCUAGCAUUCGCUCGGGCCCUGAGGGUUCUUCCUACCACCCUGGCAGAGAACGCAGGCUUAGCCGUCUCGGACGUGAUGGCAGAAAUGAGCGUUUUCCACCAAGCGGGGAACUUCCUAAUGGGAGUGGGAGACGAAGGGGUAAUAAACGUGGCCCAGGAAGGGGUGUGGGACACCCUGAUGGCCAAGGUGCAAGGGUUUCAAGCCGCAGUGGAAGUGGUGCUGCAGCUCGUCACCGUGGACGAGAUCAUCAUGGCCAAGGACGGCCUGGCACAUCCGGGGCCCCCGAGUGCCGACCCGGGGAAGGCGAGCAAGAACGUGCCGGCGCUGCGUAAGAAGCAAGGUCCUUAAAGUGGGGCUGCCUAGGGAGGCCUCGGGAUGAAUGUUCUGACCCACUCCCUGCGUGUGUGGGGCGUUUAGAAGCUGUUCCUUAAGAUAAAAACGUGAAGGGACAGAAAAGUUACUUUCUGACUUAGUUCUUUCGAAUCUUGACUUUUUUCAUAUCCUAUCUCUAUCCGAUUCUGUUCCUUUCCUACAGGAAGAACAGAAUUCAAUUCUAUUAAGAUUUUUAAAUGAUA